UCGCCCUAGUGUACAUGCAGGGGCAGUGCCUCACUGUCAGAGGAGGGGAUAAAACAUGAGCGGUCUAUGGCGCUGCGGCUUGCUCAAGCUCUACCGAGCCGCGACCGCCUGUAGUCCCGGAAGACCUGUAGCGUGUCGCCGCUGGUUCAGCAUGCAGCGCUACAGCACCGAGGAGCGGGGGCGACCCAACACUGCCGAGUACCGGCUCUACUUCAAGAAUGAAGAUGGUAAAUUCAUCUCUCCUUUUCAUGACAUCCCCCUGUAUCCAAGAACUGAAGAGGACCUUGAUGUGCCAGCAAAGAAAUCAAAGUCUAAUUGGGCUAAGAACAUAUUCAACAUGGUGGUUGAAGUGCCACGAUGGACGAAUGCCAAAAUGGAGAUUGCAACAAAGGAGUCUUUAAAUCCAAUUAAACAAGAUGUAAAAAAAGGAAAACUUCGAUAUGUGUCAAAUAUCUUCCCUCACAAGGGAUACAUUUGGAACUAUGGCGCUUUACCUCAGACCUGGGAAGAUCCUGGUCAUAAAGACAAAGAUACGAAAUGUUGUGGCGAUAAUGACCCUAUUGAUGUCUGCGAAAUCGGCUCCAAGGUUUGCUUUAGGGGAGAAGUAAUUCAAGUAAAACCACUUGGAGUUCUAGCUUUGAUAGAUGAAGGAGAAAUGGACUGGAAGAUUAUUGCAAUCAAUAUUGAAGAUCCUGAAGCCGACAAAUUCAAUGACAUUGAUGAUAUCAAAAAGUUGAAACCUGGCUAUCUCGAGGCUACUGUUGAAUGGCUGAAAACCUAUAAAGUGCCUGAUGGGAAACAGGAAAACCAGUUUGGCUUUAAUGGACAAUUUAAAGAUCAGGCAUUUGCGGUUGACGUUGUUAAAGAAACUCAUGAAUUUUGGUUGAACAUGGUUCAUAAGAAGUCAGAGUGUGGUGAUAUAGUGUGUAAAAACGUUUUGGUUAGUGACAGCCCUUUUUGCUGCAGUGAAGAAGAAGCCGCUGCUAUAAUCAAAGCUGCACCACUGCCGGGGGAAUCAAGUACAGUGCCCCCUGAAGUUGACCUAUGGCACUUCAUUAAAAAGUGAAACAUUUAUUUCCUCACUUUGUCGGAGCACAUUGUCAAGAUCCUUGGACAGUGUAUCUGUGUAUAUAUUAUUUUAUUACGCCGUGGAUCCUGAUGGCUGUGUAAAUAAACACAUUUUCUUUUGUUAAA